CAUCCCCUGCCCAUCAUGACGUCCCGCAUGCGCCGUGCCACGAAGAAGGGUGUCUCGUUCUGCCUGAUGGUCGUCGGCGCAUCCGGCACCGGCAAGACGACUUUCGUCAACACGUUGUGCGAGAGCGAGGUGAUCGCACACAAGGUCUCGGACCAGGCCGACUCGGCGCACAUUGAGGAGGGCAUCCGCAUCAAGCCCGUCAACGUCGAGCUCGACGAGGACGGCAUGCGCAUCGGCCUGACCAUCGUCGACACGCCGGGCUUCGGCGAGAACAUCGACAAUGAGUACGCCUUCCAAGAAAUCGUCGGCUUCCUCGAGCGCCAGUACGACGACAUUCUCGCUGAGGAGUCGCGCAUCAAGCGCAACCCGCGCUUCCGCGACAACCGUGUGCACGCGCUGCUCUACUUCAUCACGCCCACGGGCCACUCGCUGCGCGAGAUGGACAUUGAGCUGAUGCGCCGCCUGAGCCCGCGUGUCAACGUGAUCCCCGUCAUCGGCAAGGCCGACACGAUGACGCACGAGGAGCGCAAGGAGUUCAAGCAGCGCGUCAUGGAGGACAUCGAGCACUACGGCAUCCCCGUGUACAACUUCCCGUACGACGUCGAGGAGGACGACGAGGAGACGAUUGCCGACAACUCGGAGCUGCGCGCGCUGAUGCCCUUUGCCAUCAUCGGCUCGGAGGAGGAGGUGGUGAUCGGCGGCGAGGCGGUGCGCGCACGGACGUACCCGUGGGGCGUCGUCGAGGUGGACAACCCGAAGCACUCGGACUUUGCCCGGCUGCGGAGUGCGCUGCUGAGCACGCACCUGACGGACCUCAAGGAGAUCACGCACGACUUCCUGUACGAGAACUACCGCACGGAGAAGCUCUCGCGCACGGUGCACUCGGACUACGCCGACGCCAGCAUCCCGGGCGACGAGCUGGCGAACCAGAGCGUGCGGCUCAAGGAGGAGCAGCUGCGCAAGGAGGAGGACAAGCUGCGCGAGAUUGAGCUCAAGGUGCAGCGCGAGAUCCAGGAGAAGCGCCAGGAGCUCAUGGCCAAGGAGGAGAGCCUGCGCAACCUCGAGACGCGGCUGGCGGCCCAGCAGGACGCCUGAGCUGGCCUCCCCCGGCCUGCCUUCUCCCUGCACCCUGCAUCCGCCUCCCCCGUUCCUGCUUGACGACGGCC